CCCAUUCCCCUGCCGCGGCGGGUUGCCUGCAGGAGUGGCUCCCAGACUGAGCGAGCUAGCGGACGGAGCGGGCACCUCUGCCUCCGCGCCUCCUCCAAGGACCGGUGGCGCGCCCCCUGCCCGGCCCUCCGGGGCCCCGGGGCCCGGCGUUCGUCCAUCAGCCUGGUGGCUGGAGGGCGCAACUUUCCCCCCGUUCCGGGCGAGGCCGGGACCGCAGCGGACAACUUGGAAAACUUCUCCGGGGCAGACGGCAGGGACGCCGGGCUCCAGUGGAAGAGGAUGUAGGAGGGUGGUCGCUGGCCCCUGGCAUUCCCCCGAUCUCCUAGGCCCCGUUCGGUCUCACCAUGGGGCUCCAGCGCCUUCAGCGCAGCCAGGGGGGUGACCCCCUUGUCUAGAGGAGCUGGGUGAGACAGCGCCGUCGCUGCCUGGGCACGCGCUGGGCGAGCAGCGCCCCCUCUGGCCACGUCCGGCCCCGCCAUGGACCACCAGGAGCCCUACUCAGUGCAGGCCACCGCGGCCAUAGCUGCUAUCAUCACCUUCCUCAUCCUGUUUACCAUCUUUGGCAACGCGCUGGUCAUCUUGGCUGUGUUGACUAGUCGCUCGCUGCGUGCCCCACAGAACCUGUUCCUGGUGUCGCUGGCCGCCGCUGACAUCCUUGUGGCCACGCUCAUCAUCCCUUUCUCGCUGGCCAAUGAGCUGCUCGGCUAUUGGUACUUCCGGCGCACGUGGUGCGAGGUGUACCUGGCGCUCGAUGUGCUCUUCUGUACCUCGUCCAUCGUGCACCUGUGCGCCAUCAGCCUGGACCGCUACUGGGCGGUGAGCCGAGCACUGGAGUACAACUCCAAGCGCACCCCACGCCGCAUCAAGUGCAUCAUCCUCACCGUGUGGCUCAUUGCGGCGGUCAUCUCGCUACCACCCCUUAUUUACAAGGGUGACCAGAGUUCGCAGCCCCGUGGGCGCCCGCAGUGCAAGCUCAACCAAGAGGCCUGGUACAUCCUGGCCUCCAGCAUCGGAUCCUUCUUCGCACCCUGCCUUAUCAUGAUCCUUGUCUACCUGCGCAUCUACCUGAUCGCCAAACGCAGCCAUCGCAGAGGUCCCAGGGCUAAGGGGGACCCUCGUGAGGGUGAGUCUAAGCAGCCCCGCUGGGUCACUGGGAGACCUUCAGCUACACUGCCAACCCUGGCUUCUCUGGCUGCUCCUGGAGAGGCCAAUGGACACUCCAAGCCCAUUGGGGAGAAGAGAGAGGGGGAGACCCCUGAAGAUCCGGGGACUCCCGCCUUGCCACCCAGCUGGUCUGCCCUUCCCAACUCAGGUCAGGGUCAGAAUGAAGGUGUUUGUGGGGCAUCUCCGGAGGAGGAAGCUGAAGAAGAGGAGGAGGAGGAAGAGGAGGAGGAGGAGGAACAUGAGCCUCAGGCCUUGCCAGCGUCUCCUGCCUCGGUUUGCAGCCCACCCCUGCAGCAGCCACAGGGCUCCCGGGUGCUGGCGACCCUGCGUGGCCAAGUGCUUCUGGGCAGGGGCUUGGGCGCUGCUGUGGGUGGUGGGCAGUGGUGGCGUCGGCGGGCGCAGCUGACCAGGGAGAAGCGGUUCACCUUCGUGCUGGCUGUGGUGAUUGGUGUCUUCGUGCUCUGCUGGUUCCCCUUCUUCUUCAGCUACAGCCUGGGCGCCAUCUGCCCACAGCACUGCAAGGUGCCCCAUGGCCUCUUCCAGUUCUUCUUCUGGAUUGGCUACUGCAACAGCUCGCUGAACCCCGUCAUCUACACAAUCUUCAACCAGGACUUUCGCCGUGCCUUCCGAAGGAUCCUUUGCCGCCAGUGGACCCAGACGGCAUGGUGAGCCGCCUGCCUGCUGCCCAUGUCGGGUUGGUGCCAGGUGGCACCAGAGCCACCCUAAUUCUUGCUCUGUUUUGUGUGGCCACCUCCCUGGGGCUUUCUGGGGCCCACCCAGGUGCUUCAAGCUCAUCUUGGGAGCCUCCUGGGAGGGGCAGGGGCAGGGGCAGGGGCAGGGCUGCUGUUCACAGGGUUUUUGAAGACUCCCCUUGCCGGCUUGGCUGGAAGGGGGCAUCUUCUCCAUUCCCAGCCUGAGAACAGGCAGAUGGAUGAAGCUUGGACCUUCCUGAAUGUAGCUGAGCCCAGACUAGGAUAAAGCACCUCCCUCCCAGAGCCCCAGAUGCCGGCAAAGCCAAUGGGUGGGCUUCCCUUCCUCGAAUACCCCAUGUUCCCUGGCCAGUCACUUGCUUGCAGUGUUUUGUUUAUUUCUCAUCUUCCCCUGGUAAAGAGCAGGAAGCCAGCCUUCCAUGUUUCCCAGGAUGGCCUGCUGCUGAGGAGGAGCAUGCACAUUGGGUACCCGUGACCCCUAUCAGGCACUGAGUGGGGGUUUAUGGGCUAGCACUGUCUCUGGGCCCUUCUUCCCCUUUCCCCCUGCUUUUGAAUUUGUAUCUCCUUUAAAGCCCAGAACUGUGGAUCCUCUUCCUUACCUUGUACCCCUCUGGGAGGCAGAUGUGUAUGUGGAUGCCUCAGAGGGGCAGUCUGGAAGCUUGGCCUCUGCCUCCACAGGAGAUCCCGGAUCACUAGCAUUUAUCCCCUGCAGAAACCCCUGGGUAACAAUAGCUUACUUGCUGCAGGGAGAUGAAAGGCUUUGUGGAAAGCUUUGAGCUCCAUGGGGGAAUGCACUAGAGAACCAGAAAAUGUGAUUAUUCGGGGAUAUAAAAAUCCCCUUCUCUGUGUGUUACCAUCAGCUGUCUUCCUGUAGACUUUUGGUCUGUGCCUGGGUGUGUAAAUUCCUACCCCAAACUGGAAGUGGGGAGUGGCAGACAGGACCACUAUUUCAGUUAAAAGAUUUCUUUGAGAACAUGUUCUUGUGCCUGCAAAGGUUUACAUUAUUAUGCUGCGUGGCAACUUCUCGACAUUUCACCUGCCACACCAACAAGGUUUUCAGUGGCUUGGGCCCCCCAGUGGGGGUAAGUCUUUUAUCAUCAAGCAGGCAAAUUGUUUCCCCAAGAUAGCUAAAAAUAGCCACACCAUAGGAACAGUCUGAGAUGACAGCCUAUGGCAGGUGACAGAGCCCCCAGGGGUGGUGCUGCGACUGGAGCAGGUGAGCAAGGACCCCAAGGUGCCUAGGCAGGUCUCCAACCCCCAAAUAGGCACUGUGAUGGGAUCGCCCUGGGCCAUCUCCAACCCAGCUUGCUGCUGCAUCCCAGUGAUACAAGGGAACCCUCCCCUCCGAAUUCUCUCCCUUACCCCAUGACCUGGCACCCAGAACAAAUGGGAGCAUGUGAAGGAUGUUUCCCAGUCUUCCCCAUGGGAGUGGCUGGCUUCACCACCAGCUUGUGGGUAGGGCUGAGCAGCACAGAUGCAGUUGUCACUAGGGGACCUGGCCAGAUUUGGAAGGUGCUGAAGGGGUUUUCUGGUGUGGAGAGAGAAUGGGGGGCACCAAAGAGAGUCCCUCCUGGGGAAGGGGACUGUACAGCUUGUUCCUUGGUCUCUAUGUGUGAGGCCUGGGCACUGCCCUGGGGUGGGGCUUGGGAGCCUGGGCCCAGGGGAGGGGCUGACCUGAGAUGUCUGCUGACUGGGCUUGUGUUUUCCCCAUGGGACUUCUGCUAUUCUUGCCUGUGUCCCCCUUGUUGUGAUAUGCAGGUGUUUUUUUAGAAGUCUGAGCUAUUUUAUCAA